UGAUAUUGAGACGCAAAUCUAGACUACUUUUGCGGUUUGGAAGUGGAUCAAGAUAUUCAAUAGCAUCUCCUGCAAACUGUCGCAGACUUUUCUGGCCAACUUAGGUCAAUCUUUGCAAAUUUGCCUGGACUAUCACAAAGGACGUUGAGUAAGAUACCUUACCCCACAGUACUGGAAGCAGCGAAGGGCAAGAAAAAACACCUUGACUUUCUGAUAUAACCUUUUCCAUUCCAUCAGUAUAGGAUUCGUCAUUUUCGAAGAAGCAAGUACAACCGUCGCUGAAUGCCAACAAUAAUGGCAGGAGCUCUCGAUAUCGAAAAGAACCUCACGGAGCUUCCUGCUCCUAUUGAGGCUUUCCCUCCCACGGCCUAUCUUCCUCAGGGACGAAUCCGCCAUGCACAUCCGAGACUAAUCCACGCCAACGCCUAUCACCUCAACGUAUACUCCUCCGCCUGCGACUUGACUGCCAAAGAAUGCGAUCUCGAAGCGAAAGGGCUACAAGUUAUGACCGACCACGACGCAAAUGCUCGACCUUCACAUUUUUCAAACUGGGCCCAGGAAUGGGCUUUCGUAUUUACAGUCAUGCUGGCGUCAUCGUCUACAACCAUCAUCCAAGGUGUUAUCCUUAUCAUGACCAACACGAUUGGUAAAGAUCUCCAUGCGACAGCCUCACAGGUGACUUGGAUAGCAGCUGCAGUAGGGUAAUUUUCCACAUAAAUCUCUCAUCCUCUAAGUUCACAAAGCUUGUUUAAACGCCGAGGUGCUAACAAUCAAGUAGACUUGGUAGUGGUUCAUUUAUGCUGUUUUUCGGUAAAGUAGCCGAUGAGAUGGGUCGAAAGAUACAACUACUUAUUGGAUUGCUAUUCAUGAGUGCCUUUUCUCUCAUUGCCGCCUGGAGUCCAGGGCCCAUCGAACUAAUCGUCAUCUGCGGUUUUCUUGGAUUAUGCACUGCGGUAAUCGCUCCCCCAGCCCUCGGUAUCCUCUUCGCCGCUUAUUCGGAAGGACGUCGAAGGAAUAUGGCAUGUGGGGCAUUGGGGACUGGCAAUCCGGUUGGUUUCAUUUUGGGGAGUGUUUCAUCAGGUCUCGCCGUCAAAUACUAUGGAUGGAGAGCGAGUUUUAUCGUCAUGGCCAUCUUCUUCUUCCUUAUGGUUAUACUUGCUUUUUGGACGGUGCCAGUAAUUGCAAGAGUAGGGAAUAGAGCAGAAGCAAUUCGAAGAUUUGAUUAUGCUGGCUCCCUAUUCAUUGUUUUAGCUGUAGCUUUAAUAUCCGCAGGAUUGACGUAAGUAUUCGAUCAUAUAUGAUUUCCCCGGGGCUACCACUAAUGGAUCUAUAGAGAAGGACCUCAAAGCGGCUGGUUAUCAGUUCAUGUUGUUCUUUUGCUUAUAUUUGGCCUAUUUUUCAUCCUUGGCUUCAUCACCUGGGAAUAUUUCUACGAGAAUCCUCUCCUCGAUCUCUCCGUCUGGCGCAAUGGCAACUUUACUCUAUGUGUUAUCUGUAUGGGAUUCGGAUACAUGUCUUUCAUAACAAAUGAAUUCUGGAUUGCAUUAUACAUGCAGGAUGUACAAAAGUAUACGCCCCUACAAAUUGCUGCUCGUAUGUUACCUCAAGCGGUUGCGGGAGUGGUUUGGAGUUUUUUGGGUCAAUGGCUUGUGCAAAAGGUGCAUGGUACCAUAGUCAUGGGUAUUGGCUCGGUAAUGUAUCUUGCGGGUGCAAUUUUGUUACUGUUCAUCAAAGAAGAUACAUCAUAUUGGAUGUUUCUUUUCCCAGCGCUUGUAAUCACAGUUAUUGGUGCGGAUUUCCAAUUCAUUGUCGCAAAUGUAAGUCUUACCCCUCUCUGGCCCGCCGACCCGCCAUCCUUGCACCAUCUCCCCGUCUAUUCCGCCCACGUCCAUCAACACAACCUAACAAAUAUAGCUCUAUGCAAAUAAGCAGAUGCCAACUCAAGCCUCCCUCGGUGUCGGGAUUAUUCAAACAGCAUACAGACUCUCCAUAUCCAUCGGUCUAGCCAUCACAUCCGCCGUAUUCAGCACUGCCACAUCCACAAAAAUCAGUAUCAGAGACCCAACUAUGCCAUAUCGACGUGUCUAUAUCUGCUCCAUCAUAUUCGCCGCAAUCGGUCUUUCCAGCGUCCCAUUUAUGCGUAUCAAAACACGCACAAAAGACAACACACCGCCAGAUACUUAUCCAACAACCGUAACAUCCGAACUCACCAACAAUAUAAUCCUAAGCCGACCUCCACAUCCACCUCCACCUCCAUCACAAUCACACUACGACACCUUAUUUCCCCAGCUCAAUCUCCACCGUAGCAACCCUUUCAACAUGACCGAGCGCAUCUACCCCUCACACAGUGAAAGAGUAAAUAAUAGUAAUACUCAACGCUACGAUCCCGGUGGUCUCCCAAGAGCAAUGACUAUGAACGAUAUCGCACAAGGACUUCUACGACUCCCAAGAUGGAGCUGGGAAAAUAGACCCAAAGCAGCUUUUUGGAGGAAUCGUAGGGGUAGUCAAUGUCAUUGGGAAAGUAGCAGUGGUGAUAUGUUUGAGGUGUGUAAGAAGUGUAAGGAGGAGCGGAAGAUAAGGGAUGAGGAUGCGUGGGAGGAAAUUGGUGAUGAGGUGGUGGCCGGGGGUGUUGUGGAGGGUGGAACUGGAAGAGGUAGGGGUAUCAGGGUGAUGGAUGUGGAGGUUAAGGAUGAGAGGAGAUUUACUGUUUAAGGGGGUUUGCAUGCGAGCGGUUGGCUGCGCUGUCGAUGAUGAUGGUACAGGUGGAUGGAUUUGGGGAUACCCAUGCGUUUUCUUUUUUAUCAUGGCAUGGAGUUUUGCGAUUUCGAUUUUGAUUUCGACCUCGACGGUUUGUUUGCUUUUUUGCUUGCUUGCUUGCAUCAUCAAAUCUCAUCAUCAUCAUCAACAUCAUCAACAUCAUCAUCAUCAACAACAACAAAUUACGUUUUGCCUGUCUGUUAACCUCAGCAUUUCAACCGAAGGUCAAAGGUCGAAGGUCAAAGGUUUUUAGAACCAACCGAUUCAAACAGUAUCUUUCAUAUAAACUAGAGGGAGGAACUCCGAACUGCGCAUGGACUUAUCAAGGCCUUGGGAUAACAACAACCUUAAAGAAAUACGAUCGGUGGAGAACAGAACAUUGAGUGAAGGAACAAGAAUACGAUGAAUGAAUGAAAGGAAGGAAGGAAAAAAGGAUGAAAAGAUCAUGCUAUGCAAAAAAAUAACAUCACACUAUAAAGCUAUAAGGCAAGAUACCUACAAAGACAAAGACAAAGACAAUAUAAAUACAAUAAAUAGA